AUGCACGACGACCAACAUCCGGACCCGAGCGGUAGCUUUCAAUACCCGCCCAUCGACCCUUCACGGCAAGUUCGCCUUCUUGCCAUUUCUGCCGCCAGCGAUCCGAUCUCCCAUCUCGCUUGCGAGGAAGACAAGCAGAAACAGCUAUUGCAACCUAUAGAAUGCGCCUUUGUCGUCGUCGACCGUGGCAGUCUUCCCUUGACUUGCUAUCGCGCGCUAUCAUACACCUGGAGCUCUCCAGCGUCUCCUUCAGACAUGGAGCACAUCCUAAUUGACGGGCACCCAUUUCCCGUGAGUCCCAACGUGCUUUUGUUCCUCAAAAGACGCUGGGCGUUGAAGCAGUAUGAGGACGACUUUGGAGCGCCUGAGUCUCGCCAAGAUGCACACAGCGUAACCAGGGGACCCUUCUUCAUCGAUGCCGUCUGCAUUAACCAGUUGGACAACGCUGAGAAAGCGGCUCAGGUUCCUUUUAUGAACGAAAUUUACUGCUACGCAGACGAGGUAUUGAUCUUCCUAGGGGAUAUCGAAGCCGGUGGUUGCCAUGGAUGGAGUAAGAAAGAUAUGGAGGCGGGUCUGCAUUUCUUCCGACGGAAGCUAUCUCAACAGGUUCAGCAAACCAUUUCUGGGGGUCCUUGGACAGGCACCUACCAGGACUUGGCUUUUAUUGAGAAUGCCCUGCCACCUCUGACAGAGCGUGAUCUAUUCUGUUUGGCAGUCCUAUGCGGCCGAGCUUACUGGAAACGCAUGUGGAUUAUCCAGGAAGUAUUUCUCACGCCGCAUCCCGCCACUCUCAUUUUCGACAUGUUCACGUUCGACUUGCAGACGUUGUGCACACUGCCACUGCGGAUUUUCGAGCAGGAGGUCAAGUUGCGACACCCAGACCAUGAUUUCCAGCGGCCGUUCACCGAAAUUAGCAAGUUAAAAGAGGCUCAGAGGGACGUGAUUGGCAUGCUCAGCUCUCUCGGCGGGUUCACCGGCCUAUCGAUGCUGGACCUGGGACGUCGGCGUCAAUUGCAACCGUUUGGCGAAAGCGGCGGGCUGGAAUCACGACAAAGGGGAGAUAGCGACAACAACAACAAAAAGAUAGAUCGGGGGACCGCUGUGCCGCAGGUCUCGACCGCACGCACGUCUGAAUCUCACUUUCGCGGUGACCUAUACAUACCCGACCCUGCUGCACCACUGACAUUGGGCCAGGCGUUGCGCCGUUUCGCCAGUCGCACAACUCGCGAAUGCAGUCGGUCUGAGGAUAGACUGUAUGGGUUACUGGGACUGAUCUCACAGAAACAGAGAUCCCAGAUCGAAGUAUUCUAUGACGGUAUGGAGAAAAAUGAUAUGCGCAAGAAACAAGGCGCCGUCCUCUUUGCCUUUGAGCAAGCCCUCCGCAUUGUCCUGGCAGAGCUGUGCGCUCAAUUUUGGAAAUUUGUUCUUUCUGGGCGGGAUCCAGCACGUGCGUGUUUUGCCGCGUGCAUAUUCCUGCGCGACUGGGUGUUCCGUGACCGCCUCGUCGAGGGCAAAGGAGUCGCGUGGCGGCCUGUAUUGCGCCGCGUCGUCUGGGAGCUCGAUCUCGAGAGGAAGUGGCGUACGUACCGAUAUUUCGACGUUGGUAGCGCACGACAAAGAGGGGGAAUUCUGAGGACAGUGAAUAACAACGGAAGACAGUCUCGGCCUAACGCAGCGGAGGUCGAUGUAUGGUUCGAGCAGAUGCGGCGAGAGACGGGCUCUGCCCUCGUGGACAUGUUUUUCGACGAGCUGAGUGACAGCAAAAAGGCCGAGACAUGUUUCGACGAUAUUUUCGGAAUCGAUGGGGGGUUGAUGGACCUCUUUGGUACCCGCUAUUUGGCGCCUUUAUCCCAACCAAGGCAUAACAGAACCAAUGCAGUUGUAAAGAACUCAGUACAUCAAUACGGCCAUAACGAUGAUAAGUGUUGCUCAUGCGUAGUUUUGUGA